AUGGUUACCUUUUGGUUGCAGUUCAAUGACAUAUUGAAUACUUUAUUCUCUUCGCCUCCUACUGUGGCAUUGAUAGUUGGUACACUACUCGACAAUACACUAGAAGCGAAGCACACCGGUGUUGACAGAGGCCUCCCAUGGUGGGUUCCCUUUCAAAAUAGGAAAGGAGAUAGCAGAAAUGAGGAGUUUUACAGUUUUCCUCAUAGGUUUAAUGAGUAUAUUCCCACUAGAAAUUAUUCUCUUGCCCUAUAUUCACUAGAAAUUGGGACAAAAAUCGAUUUAGGCUGGAAUGGAGAAUGGAGAAUAGAGAGUGGAGAAUGGAGAAUUGACUCACUGGUGGAGGAUGUGCUCACUGUUCAAUCGGUGGUGGAGGCAGUGCUCACUAUUGGAGUCGCUGGUGGAGGCUGUGCUCACUGGUGGAGCUAUGGAUUAAGCUUGGAUUUGACAAGGUUCCUAUGGUCUUUCUCGUCAGAGACAAAUGUUGUUCAAUGGUUGGAGCUCAUCAGAGACUUUGGCUGGCUGAGAGUGUUCAAUGACAUAUUGAAUACUUUAUUCUCUUCGCCUCCUACUGUGGCAUUGACAAUUGGUACACUACUCGACAAUACCCUAGAAGCGAAGCACACCGGUGUUGACAGAGGCCUCCCAUGGUGGGUUCCCUUUCAAAAUAGGAAAGGAGAUAGCAGAAAUGAGGAGUUUUACAGUUUUCCUCAUAGGUUUAAUGAGAUGUGCUCACUGCUCAAUCGGUGGUGGAGGCAGUGCUCACUAUUGGAGGUUAUGGUUAGUCUCUUUGUUGAAGUCGCUGGUGGAGGUUGUGCUCACUGGUGGAGCUAUGGAUUAAGCUUGGAUUUGACAAGGUUCCUAUGGUCUUUCUCGUCAGAGACAAUUGUUGUUCAAUGGUUGGAGCUCAUCAGAGACUUUGGCUGGCUGAGAGUGGUUGAGGAGGAGGAGAGCUAA